GAACAGACGCGUGUCAAUAUGCUAUUGCUAUGUUCCGAUCAGAGUCGAAUUCGUUCUUCCUCUUCCAUUGAGUUGGCGACUGCGCUGGUGCCUUCCGGCUUUAGGGUACAAAAGCUUUGGGGGCUGGUUGGAAUUAUGACGGCCUUUUUUCUCUAAUGCUUGAUUCAUAACUGGGCCUAGAGCCCUGCUUUAAAUGCUUAUUUUUGGCCUAUUAAUGACAUGAUUAUCUUUGGGCGGGGGGAGGAAAAAAAAUCAUCCGUUUGGCAAGAUGAAGAAAAGUCCAUCUUUAAGGAGGUCCAUAAAACAGAUCCAAUUUUAUUAUUCUUUUCCAAAAAUAUGAAUAAAUAAAAGAAAGAAAAGUUUGUUUAUUCAUUUUUGAAUCUGAGUAGUUCGCGCGUCUAUAAAUAGCCCAGAGGUGUAGUGUAGCGUAGCUUGCGUUAAUUGAAGUUGAUUCAAGUAAGUUCACAGCAAGAGAAAAUGGGGAAGCGAUUGAGAAGAGGCAGGUCCAUUUGCAGUUGUAAAUCUCCUCGUCCAAGCUAUCACGCCAAUCCUCGCUGCUCUUUCAACUGGUACGAAAAAGAUUUGUGGACGGAGAUUGCUAAGUCUCUGGACGGGAAAUCUCUGGUGAAGCUCGCGGCAACAUGCCGAUGGUUCCACAGCGUCAUAAUGGACGACAGCAUAUGGAGGUUCGCGUGCUUGCGUGAUCUUCAGGUCCCGGAGCCAGGGCACGUGGCCUUCAAUUGGAAUAAGCUCUACGCUUCAGUAGUAGAUGGCAGUCACUCCUACACGUUUCGCGAGAAGGAGAAGCAUUUGGAUUGGAUGCGAAUUGGUGCAUUUUACAUUGAGUCAAAAGUAGCACUUUUGACUGAGAGACUCAAUUUGCCAUUGGAAAUCAGACAACAAAAUGCCACAGAGAAGAUGUUCCAAUCCUGCGGGGCUUCUGUGCUAAAUAACAUCAAAACAGGAAUUUGGAUAGCAGAUCUGCAGCUUGUUCGAUGCCCUGUUUGUGAACUCGAUAAAUGUGAUGGAACAAUGCAGACAUUAGAUGUAAGGCAUAUAGAGCUUUUUCAGUAUAAGGGUUUUCAAGAUGGGAGCUGGAAGUACGAGUUGAUAAGAAAUCAUAAAGUUGAAAAACCUAUGAAAGCAGCGUCUGGGGGCAUUUUUGAUCUCAAACAUCUCAACGACCGUGCAUCAGCUGGCAUCUUUAAUCUUAAGUUGUGGACAGGAGAACCAGAUGAUUUUCAACCAAAAGCCAUGAUAACUUUUCAUUCAGUUGCAAUCAACACCAACUUACAAGUCAACGACGGACUCCUUACAAAGUACUACAUGAUGAGAGCUGGACCUGAUGGAGAAGUUGUUUCAAUUAGAAUCUCUCAGCAGCUCCUGUAAUCCAGCAAGAAUCUAUACAUCGUUUAACCGAAGUUAGUUUACGUUCACUAAAGAAAUUAUAAAUUCCUUUGCAAUGUUGUAAUUCUUGUUAAAAAAAAGAAAAAUUAUAUUUCUAGAUAUACAAGCAUCUCCUGCAGUUUCACAAUGACAAAA